AUGGGAACAGAAACUAGCAGCCACACCAUUGUGCAGCCAGUGAUUUUAGUUGUACCAACAGAAAAUAUUGCAUCUACUGUGGAAGCUAUCAAGAGAGCGUUUCGUUCCACUGCAGAAGCGGCAGUGCAAGUUCACCCCUUCGACUUUGCACCAGCGAUUGAAAAGGCUACAGUAGCUGUGGGAAUGGAUCAACCAUCAUGCUUUGAUUUUUGUGGUCAAGCCAACUCAAUCAAUGCACCGUUCUUCUAUCAGACAGGUACAACCAACACUGGUACCGCAAACGCUUCGUCCAGCACGGAACAACCCAUGUUAGAUUUUGCGCAAAGUUCUACAUUCUGCUAUGAUGCGCAGCAAACACCGGAACAG